AUGCCGUCUGUCGCCGAGGAACACCACCGAGUCUUGUCUGCCGGUAAGAAGCGCAGACGAGACAACGAUAUAGACAGCCUCCAAGGUGCCAUUUAUGAACAAGCCCAGCACCAUAUCCAGCAGCAAUAUGCCUUUGCCGACUUUGGAAAACUCCUCCAGCAUCACGAUGCUGCCCUCCCGCUGGACGCCUACGACAGUCUGGCGAGGAAGAUCAUGCCCAUAAAGCGCCAGCGUUUUUUGGAGGCUGAGGACGACAAUGCGACGUACAACCCUGAUGGCCACCACCGGGCCCGGAAACACAGCCGCUCGCCCUCAGGCACAGCCGCCUCUCGCCCGCCAGCCGCCCACCGUCUCACAUCCAGCGCCGCGCUCGCCCCUUGUCACGUGUGCCACCGCCGGCCGACGAAGAAGUCUGACCUCGACUCGUUCGCCGAGUGCCACGGCUGCAAGGCCCGUACGUGCUUCGUGUGCCUGCGUCAGUGCAAGGGCUGGAUGCCCGAGACGCAGCAGGGCGAGCGGCUGUGUGAUAUUGAGAGCCGAGACUACGAGGAGACUCUCUCGCGGUCUUUCCACAUGGAGGACGCCGACGGUGCUGCCGCAGGACACCAGGUUGAUCUCGGGCAGGCUGAGACGCAAGGCGAGCGGUCUGCGGUGGGGUCAAGACGGGCAGGAGACGGCUGGAGCUCCAUGGGCCACCAGCAGGUUGUCUGCAGUAAAUGCUGCAUCGAACGUGGGCAAGAGGGGGAUGUGGUCUGUCUGGGCUGCCUCUCUCAGAUGUAA